UGUUCAUGUAGGUAGGCUAGGCUUUUGGUAGGUAAUAUAGGUUGGUGUAUAUCUAAUCUUAUCUCUUCGAGUCUCUGAUAAUUUUACAUUUUGUCAAUUACAGUCUGCAGUUGCUGCUACAAGUUGCUUCCUCUUGGUGCCAUAACUUAAUGAGUUAAAAGAUUAGAGGUGGAGCUAGUUACUAAUGUAGCCUAUAGCUAUUAUCAAGUGACAUGAAAGGCUAUGGGCUGGCUCUCAGUCAAUAUUGUAUUUCUAUUGGACUUUUGUGUGUUUUUCUAUACCUCUACGGGUUUUUCCCAAUCAAGAAAUCAUCUGACGUCUUCUCAUCGGAACAUGAUCUUCCAACUUCUCUGCAAGAUGUCAGAUUCAACAAAGAGAAGUUGUACAACGGCAGUGCCUCCAAGACUGUCCUGAUGGUUAUUGAUGGUGUGAGAGUUGACUUUAUAACACAACAGAACAUGCCUUACACAGCUGAGGUGUUGAGGAGAGGAGGGGGUUGUCAAAUGACUGCUAGGGUGGCUGCUCCUACUGUCACUCUGCCCAAGAUAAAGGCUAUUGUUACAGGAAGUGUGUCAGGCUUCAUAGAUGUUGUCCUCAACCUGGGCACAGUGGAGUUAAUAUCCGACAACAUUGUAAGCCAGUUCACCAAGUCCAAGCGAGCUGUGUUCUAUGGAGAUGACACUUGGGUCAAACUAUUCCCUCGUCAGUUUAAACGGACUGAUGGAACUUCGUCUUUCUUUGUCAAUGACUAUACUGAGGUUGAUGACAAUGUGACACGUCAUCUAGACAGAGAACUGUCCAUGUCCGACUGGGACCUGAUGAUUCUUCAUUACCUGGGACUGGACCACAUUGGCCACAUCCAGGGUCCCAAGAGCUCUCUGAUACAACCCAAGCUCAGGGAGAUGGACGGAGUAAUAAAACAGCUUCAUAACCACUUGUUGAAACAGGAGCAAGGAGUGCUGAUGGUCUGUGGUGACCAUGGUAUGAAGGACUCCGGCAGUCACGGUGGAGUUUCUCUACCUGAAGUGUUGGUGCCUGUCAUAGUCCUAGGACUACCUUGUGUCACAGAAUCAACCCAAGAAAUUCUACAGGUUGACCUUGCCGCAACGUUGAGUGUGCUGUGGGGCAGUCCUAUACCAGCUGAUAACAUUGGUGUGGUGACUCUUCCAUUACUCUCCCAGCUGACUGUGUCUCAGCGACUUUACGCUCUACUGCACAACGCUCUACAGCUGAGUGGGAACUUCCUGCGCAAUGGCGGCGACACCACUCACGAGGGCUAUCAGAAGUUUGAAGAGGCUAAAUCUGCGCACUACGAGUGGUUGGUCAACUCAUCGUUGUCUCACUCACAAGUGGAAAAGCUUUAUCAUCAAAGUUUGCUGAAGAUGUCUAGAUUCCUAUCUGAGGUCCUAGCCAACUACAACAUGCCAGCAAUGGUUGCCGCAAUAGGCAUUUUGUUACAGGUGCUGUGCAUCAUGGCGGUGAGGCAAGAGAUUACAGUGAGACCAAACCUUACAGUUAUACUGGUCUGUGUGGUGUCAGUGGUGUUUGUAGCAGUUGUACUGUCGUCUGUUGUACAGCCCUAUCUGCUCACCUGUGGUUCGAUUUUCAUAUUCAACAUCAUCGUGAUACACAGACAACUUCGGCAGACAUCUUUUCUUUUCAAGGGUUUCAGAAUCAGACACACAGUCUCAUCAUGGAACCAAGCCAUCAUCGCUGUUGGGACUGUUCUUUUCUGCAUCUCCCUGUUUUCGUCAAGUCUAAUAGAAGAGGAACACCAGCUAUGGUACUUCCUGUGGGCAACAGUGAUAGUGUUGAGGCUCAGAGAGGCACCUCUACAGUGGCUGGCAGUCCUGGCUUCUCACAGAGUGCUGCGGAGACUAAACAGUACUGGUGACAAGUGGGCUCAUCUACCUGACACUAGUGACUGGCUGAUACAGGCUGAGCAGAAACCAUUGCUGUCCGUGGUGUGUGGUGUUAGUCUAUUGUGUGUGGUCUGGUGCUGUACUAAGGUACAUUACAGUCGUUCCUCAGUGUUUCUGUACGUUUGUACUGCCUCUCUUAUAUACCAACACAAAGCAGCCAGUCUACAGGUCAUCUCUCUUCUACCUUGGCAAAUUUCGAGUAUAACACUAGCCAGAGUCUGCUGGUGUCUGCUGUUAGUGGUGCUACUUCUUAGUCGCUCUGUUCUGCGCAGUCUGCUCGUCUGUUGGCUGCUAGCAGUCUGUCUGCUGCUGAGGUCGUACAACACUGUGCUGGUUCCUGUGCUGUUUCUGGUCAGCAGAACUGUAUCAGCCACGUCCAGCAAUGUGCUGCCACUGUGGCUCGGCUCUGUCUUCUACUUUUAUCAGGGUAACUCCAACAGUCUAGCCAGUGUGGACCUGGCAGCUGGCUAUGUAGGCCUGGAGGAUUACAAUGUGUCUGUGGUUGGCAUCCUACUGAUAGUCCACACCUACAGCAUGCCUGUCCUAGCAUACCUAGUGCACGUGCACUCGAUAGUGGAGAAAACAAGGUACUGGGAGACUCAACUGAGCACCAGUGUUGCUGUGAUGGUGUUUUUACAACUACUGCAUGUGUUUGUCUGCCUCGUAGUCAUCACUCUACAGAGAUAUCAUCUAUUUGUCUGGACAGUGUUUGCACCCAAACUGCUCUACGUGGCAGCCCAGACAUUGGUGUGUUUUGUUCUAGUCAGUAUUACAAACCUUUGUAUGUUUUAUACCAAAAUAACCAAAGUAUCAUUCCAUGUGUAAGACUGAGUAAAAUGUAUAUUUUUCA